GAGGAGGAUCAGUCAAGUUUUUCUGGUUAUGAGAGCACAGGAGACUUUUCAGAAGAUCUGAGGAAAUCAAACAUAAUUUUUGUAGUCGGUGGCCCUGGCUCUGGCAAAGGUAGCCAGUGCGAACAGUUAGCCAAGAAAUACGGAUUUACUCACCUGUCCGCUGGUGACCUUCUCCAAAAUGAGUUAUCAUCAUUAUCAGAGAGAAGUAAAUUGAUCAAGGACAUCAUGGAAUGUGGUGAACCUGUGCCUGGCGGUAUUGUCCUAGAGCUACUGAAGGAAGCCAUGGUUUCCAAGUUUGGGGACACAAAAGGAUUCCUGAUCGAUGGGUAUCCCCGGGAGCUGAAGGAAGCAGAAGAGUUUGAGAGCAAGAUUGGGGAGCCAAAACUUGUGUUCUGCCUGGACUGCUCUGCAGAAACCAUGAGCAGUCGCCUUCUGAUGAGAAAUCAGAGCAGUCACCACUUUGAUAACGCCGAAACCAUCAACGAAGGAAUUGAAAGCUAUUACCAAGCAUCAAAACCUGUGAUUGUAUACUAUGAAAGGAAGGCACAGUUAUGCAAG